AAGAAAAUGGCGGCCGUGGCUGCGGAGCCAGGAGCUGCUGCGGCAUCAACAACAGCGGGGGACGGGGUGGAAUACGAACCCGAGCCAGGAGAGCAUGUGGUCGACCUAGAGGCGCACUCCGUCCCGGAAAUGGAGCUUUGUCACCAACCCGACGAUGUGGAUGCAGUUCAGGAAUGCAGCCAGGUCCAAAUGGAAAUCAGAAGGCCGGACCUUCAAGCCGCGGGAAAAGCCCUCGCUGCCCAUGCGGACGGUGAGCGCACCGAGACGGGGGGUUCUUGGGGCCGCUUGGGCACAGCCGAGCAGCCCGUGCUUAUAGACUACAGGUGCACGGACGUUUCCGAUUACGAGGAAUCCUUCUCGCCCAAGGUGGAGGCUGCAAACGAGGUCAGUGCUCUCGAAUCCAGCCCCUGCCUUCUGCUCCCCAGCUCCAUCCCCGACUCCCAGCCCUCUGUGGUCUUCUUGCAUUCCCUUCCCGCUCAGGUUCCGUCGGAGCCUGAAACUGGACUGUCGCUGGCUGUCGAAUAUGACUCCAAUCCCGUGUCAAGCCAUCCCCCCGAUCUGGAGUGUGAACUCAUAGGCUUUACGCAACCGGACCCGGAGCCCGAACCCGCAAACGAUGCUCCCGGGUCGGAACUCAAAACUCCCGAGGAUGCUUUCCAUGACAUCCCGCACCCCUCGGAUCACAUGGACUCUCUGUCCACCGCAGAGGAGACCUCGCUGGGAGAAUCGGUGGGUCAGAGCUGCAUUAGUGACUUUUCUACUGUUUCCAGUAAGGACUCUCCCGAACUUCCAGCGGUGGUGGAUCAGUCGCUCAUCUCAUCAGCAGAGUCGGACGAAGUGCGCUCGCAUCCUCUUCAUCAGCAGAGCUUCAAAACGGACCUCAGCGAACCCGAAAGGGAGUCGGAGACGAAAGACCCGGUUCUGUGUUCGACGGAGCCGGGCACGGUGGAGCGCCUGGUGCUCGGGUCCGAGGUUCGAGUCACGCUGGAUCACAUCAUCGACGAUGCGCUCGUAGUGUCGUUUCGCUUAGGCGAGAAGAUCUUCUCCGGGGUACUCAUGGACCUUUCUAAAAGGUUUGGACCUUACGGGAUUCCUAUAACCGUGUUCCCCAAGAGAGAAUAUAAGGACAAACCAGAAUCUAUGCAGCUAAAGACGGAAGCAUUCCAGUCAGAGACAGAAAAGGGUGUCACUCAAGGACCCAGUGAUGCCCCCAUUAAGGACCCUGCGGAUGUUCCGGACGCCCCUCUGAAGGACCCUGCUGAAACUCCUGCAGCCCCCCAGCCCUGUCCUAACCCUCAACCUAACCCAUGGACCUCAAAACCACCUCCUUUGUUUCAGGAGGGGGCCCCUUAUCCACCUCCAUUGUUCAUCAGGGACACCUACAACCAGUCGUUACCUCAGCCUCUACCACGCAAAAUUAAGCGGCCCAAGCGUAGGCUGUAUCGAGAGGAGCCCACUUCUAUAAUGAAUGCCAUCAAGCUCCGACCAAGACAAGUUCUGUGCGAUAAAUGUAAAGGGGCUGUGGUGCAAGGGGACAAGCGUGAGACACGCAGAGGCCCCAUUUCGGACUGCCGAAGUGACGAUGCCAAAAGACGGCGUAACGACAGUGCGACGGCAGCUGCUGGUAAGCGGCCCCGUAGCGAUCCACGUUCGGACGAGAAGGGCCGCGGUACCGACGGGCCCAAACGGCAGGGUUCGGCCGUACGGGUGGCGUCAGCCACCGCCUCUUCUCUGGGUCACAGUCAGGUCAAAGGUGCAGCUGCAGGGAACAAAAUGGUGAAGGGGGUGUCUACUACGACGACGUCCUCGGCCAACUCUCGAGUGCAGCUCAAUGCCAAAAAAGUGCUUCAGAGCAAAAACGUUGACCACUCCAAAGCACGAGAGGUGCUGAAGAUGGCCAAGGCUCAGAGAAGACAGAGAGAGACCGUCACAGGCAGCGGCGGGAACACCAAGGCCAUAACCAGAGCCGCUGCCCUCCAGGAAGCCCACCAAAAGGUCCACUUCACCAGGCGAUUGCAGCAGAUCAGUGGAGGAGGUCCCGGUUCCAACCCCCUGCCACCCCGGAUGCGCAUCAAGCCCCAAAGGUACCGUAAUGAAGAGAACGAUUCUUCCUCAUGUAAGCCGCCUUGCUUGGAGAAAGUGCCGGGAGGGGGCCGUUUACCGCUGCCUAAACCAGCCGUGCCCCGCUGCACCUCCACACGCUCCUCCUCCUCCUCCUGCUCCGCAAGCCAAGCCGCCACAGCUGUAGAGCCCCAGAGGCCAGACAAAGCAUUCGAGUCCCUGCUCAGCCAGGCCCAACCCGAGCCCCUCCCAGCCCCGGAAUACAGGGAACCCCAAGCUGAGCCAGAGGAACAGGAGGGGCGGGAGGAAAAGCGGGAGACGCGUGGGAGCAAGGCUGGCAACCUAGUGGUCUACAUGACCCUUAACCCCAGCCAGCCCGACUCCUCUAGCACCUCCAUGUGCAGCGUUGAUAGCGCAGAUGACUUAAAGUCAUCAAACUCUGAGUGUAGCUCUACCGAAACGUUUGACUUCCCCCCUCCUGGUGAUUUGCGAUCGGCCCCUGCCCCUGGCACAUCCUCCGCUUUUGCCUCUGCCUCUCCCUCUGCUCCUAAGGACGACAAAAAGCGCAGUAAAUCCCUCAAAGCUGCCGUCUUUUCCAAAAACGUCACCAAGUGCGUUGCCCUGGAUGGCAGGACGAUUUGCGUAGGGGACAUUGUUUGGGCCAAAAUCCUCGGCUUCCCUUGGUGGCCCGCCCGCAUCCUAGCCAUCACAGUGAGUCGCAAAGAUAACGGGCUCUUAGUCAGGCAGGAGGCCCGGGUCUCUUGGUUUGGGUCACCCACCACUUCCUUCCUGGCCAUUACUCAACUCGCCCCGUUUCUAGAAAACUUCCAGUCUCGCUUUGACAAGAAGAGAAAGGGCCUGUAUCGUAAAGCCAUCACUGAGGCCGCCAAGGCUGCCAAGCAGCUCACGCCUGAGGUCCGAGCCUUGCUAACUCAGUUCGAGACGUGAGGCGGUGUGCCUCGGUAAGGUAGGCAAAACAGGCGCUCGAGUUGGCCCCUUCUGACACUUCUCAAACUUUGCUGUACCCAGUCAGCUUCCAGAGUUGAAAUCCAGAAAAACGUCAGCCAGGCAACCAGGACUAAUUUAUUUUCGUUGAGAAAGCAAGAGGAAGGGGAUCGAGUAACUGAAAGCAAACGGUUCCCCCGUGUCGAGUAUCUAGUGUUCGCCCCUUCGUACGUCUUGUCAUAUCAUCACACAUCUAUUAUCCUGAAAACAGAUGACAGAGAUUUGUUUCAAAAACAGGUUUUAUGGGUUCCUGAGUGGUAACAAUACUCGUUUGCCUUGAACUUAGUCGUUCUUGGUCAAUGUCUCAAGGUGGGAUUUGUGAGAUUGAAUAGCUUUCGCCUGAAGAGUUAGGCAUAACGGUGGCCCAGUCGACUGCUACUUAGUCUGGAUCCCUAACUUAGCACAGCUAAUGCUUCCUUUCGGAUGAUCUGAGAAGGUGUUACAGGUUUUGCUGCGUUUUCUAUCACUACAGUGUUUCUAGACGUCUUUAUGUCCAAUCUCCCUUACAUGAACUUUUGGAUUUCACCUAGGCCAUUCUCCCAAUUGUUUUCUUUUCUUAUGGAAGUUAGUUGACCCUGUUGGGUAGUGCCUCGCUCAGGUAGAAAAAGGGACUUAUUGGUGCUGAUCUUUCUCAGACGUUCUGAGACGACUAAUCCGAGCGCGGUGAUCUGAGCAGACGGCUGUCGAUCUGGGCGUGGCUCUUGGCCAGCCUUGGCUUUGUGGCCCGUCACGCUGCUGUUACGGGGGGAGGUGCCUGUAAGCCGAAGUCACCUCAAGUGCCACUGUGAGGAGAGCACAGCGACUCUGUAAACGCAGAGAGUACCACCUCAGACACGGAGAAACCUGCCAGCCUAUCUGUGCGUCCUCUUUCCCCACCCCUCGCAGCUACAACAUCUGCUUCCCAAGCUCAUUCCUCCCUAAUCUACUAGCUUCUUUUUCUUUUCCUCCACUUGUUUUGCUCCCUCCUGCCGUUGUCAUAUGUUUGCGUCUUUGCGACUGUUUUUAUAUGUCUGAUUGCUCAGCCAACCCGCUGGCCACCCCGACUUCGUUUUUGCAUGAAUUUGGGCGUGCAUACGUGUUAAAUGAAUUAACAAGCUCUUUUUUUAAUAGCUUCAUAUGUUUAGACAUAUCACAUCAAGAAGCAAACUAUAAGUUUUGAUGUAGCUGCAGUGGAAUGCAAAACUCUUAAUAAAAUGAGUUCCUUUAGGUAACUCGAUGAAAACACUCGUCAACUGUGGCGUCCCACCGCAAGGUGGGACAUUGGAGCACAAGGCAGCAGUUCUCAUAUGUGUGAAUAUGUUCGUCAUAAUUAUGGGCCUCUGGCUGGUUUAGUUGUUCAGUGAUUCCAGUAUUCAUUGUUUCUCAUCUGAAAUGUUUUGCUGAGGAUUAUUGUGUUUUGAAUUUAUUUGUUGUGCCUGAACUUUAUUUUCUGUCAUUUCACUAUUUGCAAAACAGGGCUGAAGGUCUUGUAUGUAAAGUGUUCAAAAUGUAUUCUGCCUGACUGAUCUGAAGAUGAACGGCCUGGAUCUUAUUUCAAUGCUGAGAACCAGUGAUUUUACUUGUGUGGAUGAGCAUUAUUUUUUUUGUUUUUAUUUCUUGUCUGUAAUCAUGGUUAUGUCCUUGCAUUGCAUAUCCAUUAGCACCUGUCCAGUUAUAUUGACACAUCUGAGAAGGGACAUACUGUAAGAUAUCUUGGUCUUUCCACAUGACUUUAGCAGGUAGAGAUCGAAGACUUGAGGAAAACACAAAACAAUGCUUGGUAGACCACACUGACUGACUGACUGAUGGAGGUUUGUGUAAAGGAGUAAAAACGGUAUUUAUUUCGGUGGUUGGCUUUGUUUCAUUUCAGCAUCUUAUUUUUUACUUUUAUUAUUUCUAUCUGUUUGCAGGUCAGAGAAUGCUGUAAAACCAUUGAAAAAACGUAACAGUUGAAGAUAUUGUGUACAUGUUUUCUGAUGUUUUAAGAGUAUAUAAAUAAACUGUGAACUUCAAGAAUUUUA